CGAGACGGAUGUCAACUGACUGGUUGUGUGCGCUUUCAUUGCAUUCUUAUUUGCAGUCGUCGUACAGCCUGCCUUCUCCUGGUGUGCAUCGAUCAACUGUUCAUGUAAGAUAUAUCGACUAAAGGAUAUGGGAGUACUCCCAAAGUGGAACAGCUGUAUGGCGAACCAUUCGUGGGACUUUACAUUGUGCGUGGAAAGUAAAUUAUACCUCAUCCGACCAAUGACUAAACUGUGCUUUUCAUCUAUAUUUUCAAUCAGUUUGGCAGAGUUCUUUAGCAGUAACAAUUUAAAAAAUAACACCUCUAAUAUCAAAAAAUGGCAGAAGUUCAGAGCAGCUCUCGGAAAAAGAAAAAACGAUCUCAAAGUAUAUCCUCUUCGUCCUCAUCUUCCUCUUCCAGUGACUAUUCGCUGGAUUCCUCCUCAUCAACGUAUUCGAUGCCACCAGCUCCUGAUGGGGGCUGGGGGUGGGUUGUUGUGUUAAGCUCCUUCAUGAUAAUGCUGAUAAGUGACGGAUUUGCCUUUUCAUUUGGAGUACUCUUUACAGAAUUGUUGGAGGUUUUUCAGGAAAGUAAAAGUUACACGUCAUGGAUAGCCUCAUUAUUCUAUGGUGUACCUCUUAUCUGUGGACCGAUAUCAAGUGCACUAGCAACGAAAUUUGGGUGUAGAAAAGUGCAGAUUGUCGGUGGAGUUAUUGCAUUUAUCGGUGUAUUUGCAAGUUCUUUUGCUAAUUCCGUUGCAAUGUUAUGUGUUACGCUCGGUAUUAUAGCUGGUUUUGGGAUGUCGGUGGGAUAUGUUACUUCUAUUGUAAUGGUAGCAUUUUAUUUUGAGAAAAAGAGAGCUUUGGCGACCGGAUUAGCUGUUUGUGGCUCAGGAUUAGGAACAUUUGUAUUUGCUCCGCUUCUGGAAUAUUUAAUUGAACAUUAUACAUGGAGGGGAUCGUUUCUUAUUCUUAGUGGUGUCAUAUUAAAUUUGGUUGUAUGUGGCACUCUACUUCGACCUUUAAAAUUUUCACCACAGGAGCAAUGGAAACGAAAACUGGAGGCGUUCGAAAAAUUAUCAAAGACAGUUUCACGGUCCAUAUCUAAAACGAGUCUUUAUGACUUUCCUCGAAGUAGACACACUAGUCACACUGAUGAUGUAGAUUCAGAAUCAGACACGCCUGACCUGGAACAUAUGAGCUACUCACAAGUACAACUGCCAACUUACAUCCAAAAUGAACUGAAAUAUACACCAGACAACUUAGUUGUUGAAGUUACGAAAAGUGGGAAAAACUGGCAGCACGUUCUCCGAACUAGGCAGCCAAGCGCUGUGGCAUGUAGUUCUUCAAUGAACAAUAUGACAAACUCUUCAUUGAAUCAGAGUGUUAUAUACAAUAGUAACAGAGAAAAUGGACAUUUACUGAGUAACUGUAGUGGUUACACUGCGGAACCUAAGAUUUCUUUAAUGGAUAACGGAAGCGUAUGGAAGAGAGAUAAUCAAAGGAGAAAACGUGAAGCAUUUGAAUAUUAUCCUCUUCACAGAAAAGAUCUGUUCUAUAGAGGUAAUCUGAUGAAGGUGCCUCAGUUCGAAAUUCGGUCUUCAAGUUGUCCAGAGCUCCAUUUGGGGUCCAUAGACGAGGAAAAUUCAGAAGCAGGAGACCUCUGUCGAAUCAGUUUGCUUUUGAAAUUCCCGAUUUACAUGAUUAAAGUUUUCAAGGCAAUGUUUGACACUGCCAUCUUAAGAAAUCCAGUUUUUAUUUUAUUUUUGUUUUCCAAUUUUGUACUGUACUUUUGGUAUGAUGUACCAUAUGUUUUUAUUGUUGAUAGAGCCAAGGAAUUUGGCAUAUCAGAAGAUAGGAGCUCGUUGAUAAUAUCAUGUCUGGGAAUAGCGAACACAUUCGGACAAAUUCUGUAUGGAAUAGUAGGGGAUCGCGACAUCAAUUUGGAAGUUCUGUAUGGAAUCUCUCUUGCCGUUGCUGGGAUAAGUGUGGCACUGGUGCCUCUUUUUGUUGACCAGAUUGUUUUGUGUUUAUUGGCCGCCUGUUACGGGAUUUUCGUUAGUGCUAAUUAUGUGCUUAGCACAGUUUUGUUAGUGCAGUACCUGGGAAUGGAUAAGCUCACGAAUGCUUACGGCUUGACCAUGCUCUUACAGGGAAUAGCCAAUAUGAUUGGACCACCAGUUGCAGGAAAGCUGUAUGAUGACUCUGGUAGUUAUGAUCACACUUUCUAUGCUGGCGGGACUUUUAUCUCUGCGUCAGGCGUGGUCAUUCUUGUAAUACCCGUUUAUAAAUAUAUGAAGGGAGUCAUCUCGAGAUAUCGAGAGGAGAAACCACAGAGCACGUGUAUUGGUAACCCAAAUGAACAGGAAACAACGUUUCCAGGUGAGGCAGAGCCACUUACAGAAGAAUUACAACAGGAAAUACCCAGAGUUUUUGCGCAAUUGACCAUUACUGAAAUAGAAACUGUAGUAUAGUUUUGAAGGUUUACUACUGAUAUUGAAACCAUUAAAAUGCACAUGUUCUUACUGACGUUAGUACCAUACUCCAGAAUCUAUAGUAAGAAUUCAGAGUGUUAAUCAGAAUGUUUCUGAUCCUGUACGUAUAUUUAGUAUAACGAAACUAAGUUUGUGGAUUAUUAUGAUUCGUGUAUUCUAUUGAGAUUAUUUGGAAACAGUAGCCUAUUUAAGCGUCUGGAGUCGUGUAACAGUUUGUAAGUCAUUAUUCUAUCUUAAAACGUCAACAUAUUUACCUGUGUUGGGGUCGUAAAAAGUCUAAUAUCUAAAAUUUUUGGACGUCCGUCCAUGGUAAUUAUUCCAGUACCAUAUGUCCCAUUUUUGUAAAACACGUAUCCCAAAAUACAUUUACUGUUAUACCUUCUGGGGUGAAGUGCGAUUGUUUUGCCCUUCUUAAGAUAUAUGAAAUUCGUUACAAGCCCAUCGUUUCAAGCCGGUGGACGAAAUUGAGCACUGCAAUAUUUGACAAGAAUUUUUGUCUGCUACCAUAGAUAGUUCACAAUGAUUUAGACUUUCCAUUUAAGAUGAAACACGUUCCCAGACUAAUAGUGGUUUUAUACCGAUCCACUUUAGUUGCCAUGGAUAUAAUGGUUGGGUACACACUCAAUAACUCUAUCACAUUGACUUAUUUUCCAAUCUGAAUAAUAAAAGGUCACACCCAUUACUUCCUUGUCACAAUUUACUUGGUGUAACAGAGGUCAGAAUUUAACUCAGUGCCUCCGCUAGGAUUCGAACUCUGGCUUACUAGUCUCCCGCUCAACCGAUCGAGCUAUAGAGGACUUCUCGCUAGACGAGUGGUAUAUUGCGGCUGGUAUUUUUCCAAGGUUACACUGGUGUGUCAUUGAGACGCAUGAUACAUUACUUCAAACUUUGGUAUACAUGGUUAUGUUUCGCGUGCAUUUGUAGUUACAUUUAGACAUCGAUAUAGUUUUAGAGAUUAGAUGAACAAACUUGCAACUCAUUUUCCCGUCGAGAAUCCUAUAGUGUGGUAUGAUAGACGACCCAAGUGCUUUGUUAUAUAUAUAACCUUGAUGAAAAAGUGUUACGUAAUCCAUGUUACAUAGCCGGAUGGUGUUUGUAUGCGAAUAUAGAGGCAGUGACUUAUCUUUUGUUUACCUUGAUUUAACAGUGAUUAGUCUGGAUCUGAAUCUUAUAGUUUAUUGUUGUUUUUAUGUAAUUAAUCAUUUCAUUUACAUUUGUUACUUUUCCCUUUUAUAAUUUAUUUAUGAAAGAUUUUAUAUCUUGAAUCCAAAGGUGUCUUUUUUAAAUCUUAAGUUGGGUAUACUGUGUUUGUUUUGCUGUAGACUGCUUGUUCUUAUUGUUCAUUAGAUAUACUAUGUAAGAGUAUUAUAUAUCACGUUAAUGUGGAACGUUUUGCCGUAAACACAUGCCUAUGAUGUAUACACACAUGCAGCGGGAAUUUGUGCCAAGCGAAACCUUGCAUCGUUAAGUCUCUUUGGAGCAUAUUUUUUAUAAAUAAACCCAACAAGUGCUGUUUCGUCAUUCAUACUCCGAGUAAAUAUCCUUUUCAUGAAGAAAACUAAAUUUGGAAUACUGUAAUUAAGAGUUCUUGGAUGUUGUUUUUAUUGCUGGUAUGUGUGUUGCUUAUUUUGUUAUUUAUAAAAAAUGCAUUGCGCAUGCCUGAUUUUAGCAGGGUGACAGAGUGUCUUUGAAAGCGAUAACAUUUUCUGUUCUUUCAUUACCUGGGAAAUAACAGGAUGUUUUGGCGUUAAGAUGCGUUUGUUUGUCUCUAUUUGAAAUGUUUGCGACGUGUAUUGCAUGUUAUCGUGUAGUAGUUUUGUUGUCAGAAUUUUGUAGUUAUCUUAAUUGUUAGAUAAUCAAUAUUGCUGUGUAUCAUUUUGCUGUUUUAUGAUUAGAAAGUCGUUACUGUAGUUAAAGAUUGGAUUUUGCGUAAUAAUCACUACAUUUAUUUGCGAUUUAUUAUAAUGCAUGCCAUUGAAACAUUGCCCCGGUAUCAAAAUAACUUGUCUUGAUCGUGUUUCUAUUAUGCCUCCGUAUGCUGUUUUUAGGUCAUUUGAGACAAAGCCUCAGUUUUACCUAUUGUGAUUCCCUUUUGUCCAGCAACGUGCGUCGUAAACUUUUAACAUUUCAAACUUCUUCUGGACAACUCCUGAACCGAUUUCAGUGAAAUUUUGUAAAAAAAAAAAAAAAAAAGCCUUCCAUGGCUAAAGACGCACCAAAAAUUUUAAAGCGUAUGGUAGCCAACCCCCAGGGGCACGAGGAGCGUGGCCAAAAGGAGUAAAAUUUAUUGCCCUCGGAGGCUAAUCCAAAAGUCUAAAUUUCAUGACCCCAGGGUCUCACAUUUCUCCCUGUAGAGGGGUGAAAUUUACUAUAGCUUGUAUAGAAAAAUUAUAGUUUUGAACAUGAUUUGUUUCUUUUCAAUUGGAAAUAGUUCAGACUUAGUUAUACUUAUGAGUAUAAGAUGACAGUUUGUUGAGCUGGACAUGUUGACCUCAGCUGACGUCCAGAGGCUGAUGGGCCGGGGUAAAAAGAGGUCAAAUUGACUGAAAUUUUAAAGAUGUUCUACUGUUCUUGGAUGGAAGAUUUUAUAUAGGAAAAUUCAAAUCUUGAGUGUAAUUUCUUUUAUUUCAAACUUGGUUAGAAGCUUUAGCUUGGGACAGCAGUUAAUGUAUACACAAUUUACAUUUGCGUUAUGUGUACCAUAUAGUUAAAGUUAUCUUACUUUUUUUACUAGAACAUUAUGACCGUUAAGGCUCUUGGGCCUCUUGUCCUCAGUACAGAUUUACACCCUGAUUAAUUCAUACUGAUAUCGUAGCUUUUACUUAAUUAUAACGAAAAUAUUUGACGAAAUAUCAACACUUAAAGGUGUACUGCGUGCCUUCUUUGUGGAUCUUUAUUGUAUUCUAAAUAAGGAGUUGAAAUUCAUCUCUCCCUUUUUCAAUAUUGCCAUUGAAAGAUUAUAUACAAAAUCUUGUCUUUCAUACGACUGAAUCAGGUCUGACAAACAGGUUCAGGAUGGUUAUAGCAGGACUGCCAACUUUCACGUUAGCAAUCAUACAGACGAUUACUUAUUGUUAUGAUCAAUACGAGCAGAAGAAAUUCCGACUCGACCGACACCGCCAAAAGGUACACCAGGGAGUAAACAUUUGAUGCAGUUUGGAAUCGUGUUAUGGCCUUUCGGUGGUAAAGAUUAUUGAUCAGACUGAGGUAUGUUAUGUAGGUAACGAACGGCCUUACUGUGUUGGUACGUUGCACAAAGGGCCACAGAUAAGAUGGAUUAUACUUAAAAUAUACAUUGCACCGUCUGGGUAUGUUUGAUUAGUGCAUAGCGUUAGCUUCGCUUAGAAAACAACAUAAUAAUACUCGACUUUCCUGUUAGAUAUUCCAGUAUAUGACGUCAUGUCAGGUGUGACUUUAUGUUGGAAAUACAUGCUUUCAAUAUCUCUUUCUUAGUUCACUAUUUUUUGUAUAUUUUUUUUCAAAUGAUUGUUACAUCGAUCACAUUCCAUACUGUUUGUAUCAGACCAUGUUGGUCUCGUUGUUAGGUUAUCGAAACACGUUAUUUAUAAUCAUAUAAGAUAUACACAUCUGUCUCUGGUGUGUACACAUGGAACUACACAGAUUUCAUUGUUAGUAGAUUUAUAUUACCGUACCACUCAACACACAGGCCUCGUUUUACCACGUUUUCAACAUUUACUUGUCUUAUUGCCCUAAUUAGGAUUAAGUUCACAACUGAAAUAUGAUCAAAGUUUGACCUCGAACAGAUCUUCUAGUUCACUUAAAACAUAUUCUUUUUUUUUAAAUUCUCAAAUUUUAGAUAUACUAAUAUUUGUAUAGUACAUCAAGGUGAGCGCUACAAAUAUAAGUCCACCUGAGUACUACAGUUGGAGUUUAGUUUUGUUAUGAUUGCUGGAAUCAACACUGACAUACUCGCAUGUCUUACCAGUAGCUGAUCUGAUAUAACCUAUUUAAAUUUAUCUUAACAUUGAUAAUAAUUUGUCUUGCCACAUGUUAUAUUGAAUCUCGGAUGUUUUUGAUUUGUUUGUUGAAAUUUUGUUAAGGAUAUUAAACAGAUUUACAGUAACUAGAUGUAGCAUAAUCUAUUUGGUUUUACUACUUAAUUAAUUACAUUUACAACCGAGCUAUCAUUUUGUCUGUGUAAUUGUUAUUGUUUGAUACAUUUGCUACUAAAACGUAAUUUGUGUGCAUAUACGUAUUCCACCAUUUGAUAAUGACUCAUUGAAAAUAAAACUAGAAUCGAUCAAUAA